UCCUGAAAGCUUUGCGAUAAGGCUCCUUCUUUCCGGAUGCAGUGACUAAGUCAGGCUAUUCGAGAUAUUCCUGUUUAUAAGGUGUGAUCCGAGAGGCUUAACGAUAGUAUAAGCACAAUUGUUAAGAGUUGAGCCUGUGUAGGGCAUGUAGUGUGGACACAAAGCUGAGGUACAGUGGCAUCAUUGCUGAAAAAGUUGUGUUGAGUCAACUUUGGCGCCUUGGCUGCAUGCCACAACCCUUCGUGGAGGAGGCAGCUUCCAUGCCUCUCAGUACCUACUACUCCCCUGGACGUGACCAUCUGCAGAGACACGGGGCUUAUCCAUGCUUAUACGACCACUGAAAAAAUAAUAGACGCCAAUUCUCCUAUGUUCUCGCAUCACGAUAAUCUAAUCUCUGAAGAUUUGGUGUCAAUUGGUUUAGGAGAUACAGAGAGAAGAUGACCCCUUAUGAAGCUCUCUUUAAGCCUCUAGGACUGCAGGGUGCAAUGCCAUGAAUUAAAUUAACUUUUAUACUCACUUGCAAAAAAAAAAGAGUUGACAUUUGUCAGAUGAUAUACCUUUUUAAAACCUUGUAAAAUCUCACUGAAAUUUUGGUGCGAUUAAAAUUUGAAGUUGGAACUAUUUGGACUGCAACAUACAAUUUAAAUAUGUGUAACUGAACUCUGUUAAUUGAAUAGUUGGCUAAAGCUUUGUCACAUAGCCGGAUGUUAGGUUUGUGUGUCUAUAUGUAGUUGUAGAUAACUGGAGAAAGUGGUCUAAGUGGAAACACACACAAAGCUAAAGGAUGGCCCCUGAGAUUCAUGCAGUGGUGCGUGCUACCCAGGCCUGGCUGCAGUCCUCCCGGCACAUCCAGGUGCCCUUUGCCUGGCUGGAGGCCUGUGUGGAGUGGCUACAAGAAGAGGCAGGAGGAGCGGGUCAUCUGUCACAGCAGCAAGUAAACCAACAGGCACUGGACCAGUGGCUUUUGACAGACCUGAGGGAUUUAGACUAUCCUGUUCUCCCUGAGGGGAUCGCUCAGGCCCAGAAGACUGAACUCAGCGGCAUCUUCUGCGUGCAGGUUGACUCGUUACUGGACAUCAGUCAGCCUGCGUAUGGUCAGCUGCAGAAGUUGAGGGGCACAGACUGUGCGAACGACGAGGUGUCUGCAGUCACACAGGCCACCCAGAGGCCCUGGGAAACCAGAGCAACGCGCAUGCUGCUAUUGCAGCUAACAGAUGGAGUCCAGAGCUUGGAGGCGAUGGAGUACGAGUCUAUCCCUGCACUCAGCGCAGCUCUCAGGCCUGGUGUGAAGCUGCAGUUGCAGGGACAGAUUGUUUGCAGACUUGGGGUGCUUUUGUUGGGGCCGACCAAUGUUAAGGUCCUGGGUGGUGAGGUGGAGGACCUGGUGGACAGGAAUAACCAGGGCAGGGUGCUGUGUCGGACGCUAGGACUUCCUGAGGAGCAGCAGCAGGAGGGGGAGGAGGCCCCACCGGCACCACGACAACAAGGUAACGAGGAAAUGGAGGACCUGGAGCUCGAUGAUGCAGACUUGCUGGCCAGUCUGGAGGCCCAGGAGGAGGUGGAAAGGGCUCGGACUGAACCGAGUCGAGACAGUGGCUACGGGACACUCAGCGAGCCAUCCACGCAGUCCUUGAGAAGCUCCUCCAUCAGGAGCCUUGUCUCAACAGCCUCAUCCAGAAGUGAAGCCUCUGCCCGCUCUCACAGAAGUGGUAUGACCCAGAGCGACAGAGGUGGUUCAGCCCAAGGUCAUCGCUACGGUAAUGAACAAGAAGAUUCUGACCUCUUUGACCCUUUACCUUCUGAUCACUUGAUUGAGCCAGAGAUCCCAGAUGACAACAUGGCGGACGAUGAAUUUCCUGAUGAAGACUUUGACGAUCUUCCCCUGGAUGAGUUGGAUGAUGUGAUUUUUCAAGAAUGUGCAAAUGUUCCUGACAGCAGUGCACCACAGAACAACAACAGGAUAACAGGAAAUCCUAACCGAGCAACAAAACCCCACACUUUGAACGGCUCUGGGUCAUGGCUUGGUUCUAGCAACUCCAGAUCUGUAGAGCCAUCGCAUGAAUCAGAAUUUGUUGCUAACAAUGAGAGUGACUUCAUGGAUGAUGACAUGGACUGCUUCAUCACAGAGAUACAAUCUGAGAGGACUGGAGGGGCACACCAGCUUCCUGUUCAGCAAGGACCUAGUAGAGACAGAGAGAGCGCUACCAACAAAACAGACACUUCAGGCUCCAGUGGUCGACUUACCAGUGACUCAUCAAAAAGUGUAUCACCUCAGGGGCAAAGUUGCACCUCAAGCACUGCUCUUACUCUCACUUCUCCACCUUUUACAUAUUUGUGCUUUCUGGAAGAGAUGAUGUCCAAACCACACAAGCACACCACAAAGAUCCAUGUCAAAGCUUUCAUUGUGACUCUCUUGGGGAGGUUGAGCAGCAGCAAUGGCCUUUGGCGUAUCUGCGCCUCGAUAUCCGAUGGAACUGGUUACCUUGAUGUUGAGCUGUCCGACGAGGUUCUGACAGGCCUGCUGGGUUUCUCUGUGGCGGAGAAGGGGGCUCUGAAGCGAGACCCGGCUCGCAGAGGUGAGCUGGACACUGGGAUGAUGAGAUGUCAGCAAGAGUUGGUGGACAUGUGCUGUGUUAUGACUAUCGAAGUUGAAGCAGAGGGCAGAAAAGCGGUAGUAACUAAGGCACAACCUGUCGAUGAGAAAGUUCUUCAGGAGCUGGAGCAGAGGGUGAGAGAUGGGAGAAAAUAAAUACAGAGAGGUUGAGGGGAAGUGGGCAAUAAAGAGAAAUUACAUGCAGUGGAGAAGUAUAUUGCCCUUAAGCAGAGAUGAAAACAAAACAAAAAUGAGACAUAUACAACUUUGUGCAUCAGUAUUGCCUUGAACGUUUUGCCUCAUCCAAUGAAACGAAGGUAUUUUUUUUCAGGAUUGGUAAUCAACCUGCCCCUCUGCUUCAGAUUUAGAGAGCAGAAUGUGUGAGCUGGAUGUCUGAUGAUCAGUAAGCAGUUGUCGCAGUGCAUCCCAUCUGCUAUAUGUGAAUGUGGCAUUCUGUCAUCUGUCAUUAGAUGUUUUCAUUCAUCUAAUCUGCAUCCUUCCCAUGCGAAAAGAUUACAGAUGGAAAAUGAAUCUGUACUUAAUUGUAUGUAACAAAAGUAUGUAAAGCAUGUGAACUGAGAGAAGGGAAUGGGGCGGUGGAGGAAGAGUUCAUAUUCUGAUUGUUGUAAUGAAUUGCCAGCCUUUGCAUUCAUUCAGUACAUCCAUUACUUCUGACUGAAAAAUGAUUGAACAUCCAAGGGCAAGUGUGAGUCUUCAAUAAACUCCCCCAGAGUUGAAUGAGAGGAAAGGAGGAUAAAGGAGAGGCCAUGAGCUUUGAUUAUUUCUGUUCAUUACAGAGACUCAUCUAUGGUUUUGUCUUCAGUGAAUACAUAUACCACACAUUGUUGCUUUGUCUGUAUUUUAUUGUAUAUUGAAAUAAAUUUGUUCUGAAGGUUU